UCGGGGUCCGCCCCGCGCGGACACGUCAGCGGGUACACGCGGGCACACGCAUCCAGAGAACAACUGUCAGUGAAUGCGGGCUGGUUGAUAGUCGCUCCGCUCCCAAACUUUGACCCUUUGUCUGGUUUUUGUUGAAUCGGUUUUUAUGUCCCGCUGCAGAGUGUCUCCCUCCGCGCUGUCUCACAGGAGUCUCUCUUUCCUCCGUCAGGAAUUGUCAGGUCAAACCGAGGUAGAUAGACGGACAGAUAGACAGAGGGGCAGCAGUUGCACAAUGCUGGCUGCUCUGCAUGCUCUCUGAGCUCAGACGACGUGUUUAGAUCAGCUUCUAGUGCUCUACAGGGUAACAUCAUGACAGGGGACAUAGUGGUGCUGAGGGGUCUGAGCUGGAUAAAACAGGCAGCCAGCAGAGCCCCAGCAAGCAGCCUGAGCAGCCCCAACAACCACAGACUGACUUUCAACAAAGGGAUGGAAAGCAGCAUCCAAAGAGCCACAGCGAUGCAUUACCACAGAUAUUCCGCCGCAGGCAGCUACUUCAGCGCCGGCUUAGCUGGGAGGGUGAAUAACGGUGACAGGACGUGUAGCGGGAGAUCCGGCGCCAAACACACCAGGUUCCACAGGAACUGGUCAGGCCAGCUGUACGCCGGACACACGCGCCUGUUUCACCAGGAAAACUCCACGGUGGGACGGCUGACGGCGGAGGAUAUCGAAAAAGCAAGAAGCGCAAAGAAAAUUGAAGCGAAGCAAUAUAAACAAGUGCUGAGUGAAAAUGCUCGGGAGAGGAAAGUGCCCGUCACACGGAUAGGAAGGCUGGUUAACUUUGGAAGUCUGGCAGUUGGCCUCGGGAUUGGAGCCAUUGCAGAUAUGGCUAAGAAGAGUCUGAAACUCAAACAGCAAGGUAACAAAAAGGCCGUCCUGGAUUCCAACCCCUUCCUCUCUGAAGCGAACGCUGAAAGAAUCGUUCGGACGCUUUGCAAAGUUCGCGGAGCAGCUUUAAAACUCGGCCAAAUGCUCAGCAUUCAAGAUGAUGCUUUUCUCAACCCUCAGCUGGCUAAGAUCUUCGAGCGUGUCCGACAGAGUGCAGACUUCAUGCCCACCAAACAGAUGAUGAAAACAAUCACCAAUGAUCUGGGCCCAAACUGGAGAGACAGUCUUGAGUACUUUGAAGAGAAGCCGUUUGCAGCCGCCUCCAUCGGUCAGGUGCACUUUGGGAGACUGAAGGACGGCAGAGAGGUGGCCAUGAAGAUUCAGUACCCUGGAAUUGCAAAGAGUAUCAAGAGUGACGUGAAUAACAUCAUGACUGCUCUGAGCUUGAGCAACGCUCUGCCUGAUGGGUUGUUUCCUGAGCAUCUCAUUGAGGUCAUGAGUCGAGAGCUGGCUUGGGAGUGCGAUUACAUAAGGGAGGCAAACUGUGCCAGAAAAUUUCAGCAGCUGCUGAAGGAUCACCCCUUCUUCUAUGUGCCCGACGUUAUCGACGAGCUCAGCAAUGAGCGUGUCCUCACCACAACGCUGGUGUCUGGUUUCCCUCUGGACAAGGCUACGGACCUUUCUCAGGAGCUCAGGAACGAGAUCUGUGAGCAGAUUCUGAUUCUGUGCCUCAGGGAGCUGUUUGAAUUCAGAUUCAUGCAGACCGAUCCCAACUGGUCCAACUUCUUCUAUGAUCCUCAAAUUCAUAAGGUCGCGCUGCUGGACUUCGGAGCGUCGCGUGGAUUUGACAAGAAAUUCACAGACACAUACAUUGAGAUCAUUAAAUCGGCUGCAGAUCAGAACCGAGAAGGAGUGUUGCUCAAAUCCAGAGAGAUGAAGUUCCUCACAGGAUAUGAGACAAAGUCAAUGGAGAACGCCCACGUAGACGCGGUGAUGAUCCUCGGCGAGGCCUUCAACUCCGAGCAGCCCUUCGAUUUCGGGGAGCAGAGCACCACCGAGCGCAUCCACAGACUCAUCCCAGUGAUGCUGAGGGAGCGCCUCACGCCGCCGCCGGAGGAAACCUACUCCCUCCACAGGAAGAUGGGGGGAUCCUUCCUCAUCUGCUCCAAACUUAAAGCUAAAAUCUCCUGCAAGAACAUGUUCCAGGAAGCAUACAGGAACUACUGGAAGGACGGACACCCUGACUCCAAACCAUGAAGACUCUGUUUCUUUUUUCUUUUUUUUUAUAAAAAAGCCUGUUUCAUUAGGAUUCUUUUUUUUGUGUAUCAUGUUGAACAAUCAAGUCUAAAAUGCUCUGUUACCAUGCUUUUUUUUUUACAACUGAAGGUCUGCACUGACCCUCAUUUCAAACUGUUACAAGGUAAAAACAAACAUAAAUAGCAGCUAUUGCUUUUUUUGACUCCAGGACUUCCCCUCCCCCCCAACUAACCUUGUUUUUCGUCUCUGUAAUGAUUGAGUAGUUUGAAAGUAACUGGAUAUGUUGUGCGUACUGUAUAACCUCAUUAUUAUGUGCCUAUAUCGCCAUGAGGGACUAUACUCUACUUGAGCAGGGCUGCCAUGGAGAAUAAAACACAGCAUUGAACCCAAAACCCAAGGGUUGUAAAGCAGAAGCUGAAAAAAGUGUGACAAUAGCCCAAAUAUGUUUAGUGACAAGUGCAAGCGUAAUUCUUUAGCAAUUUAAAGGCUGUGUUACAGAGUUAUUCAGCUUUAUCUAAAGUGAAAUUAGCAGAAAUAUAUGGAUCUUAAAUGUCCCCUCUAUAAAAAAUAUAUUUAAACAUUUUGAAUUUAAGCCAAAUUAAUGAAUGAAUUAAAACAUCUUGUAUAAAAUAAACAUUUCCAAGAUGGCAGCCCCUGUUGCUUAGCUGCAACUUGUUAAACACAAUGAAAACAAAGUGAAAAUAGAAUGAAAAGUCUGUGCUUUAAUGGAUUUCAAUGGUGCCUUAUGGUAAAGUGAGUGAGACUCACAGAUGACUGUUUUAAUUCCUGUUUUUGCCGACUUCUAAGGGUUUGUCAGCUCUAAUUCUUCCAGAGUGGGUCGGUUUAUAACAGUCCUCUGAGAACAUGACUGUAAAUAAGGCUUCAUUUCUCAUAUCUCUCAAACUGUUUCCAUUGGUCUUCCUCUUUCUGAACUCCUGCCUGUGACUCAGUUGCAGAACAAUAAAAAGGAAGUACCACUUC